ACUCCGCGCAAGUUGCCCCCCCCAAACUCCGCCUCCCCACGCGUGGGUUUCGCGGCGAGGGUCCUUGGCGCCCUCUUCUCCCCCGGAGGGUGCCGGGCUCCCCCUCCCCGCCGCGCACCUCCUCUGCUCGUUGCAAGAAACGUCUUUUUGACGCAGGAAGAAAUGGCAAAUUUGAAAUGGAAGAGAAACGCCGAAAGUACUCGAUCAGCAGCGAUAACUCAGACACCACUGACAGUCAGACAACAUCAGCUUCAAGAUGCUCCAGAAAUCCAAAUACAAAAUCUGGUUGGUCAAGGCAGAAGGAGAAGAAACCUUCAGAGGUUUUCCGUACCGACCUGAUAACAGCUAUGAAGAUCCCAGAUUCCUACCAGUUGACCCCUGAUGAGUACUAUAUCCUUGCUGAUUCCUGGCGACAAGAGUGGGAGAAAGGUGUUCAAGUGCCAGCAAAUGUAGAAGCAAUUCCAGAGCCAGUGGUUAGGAUAAUCCCACUGCAAGAACAUUCUUCCCCGCAGACCUCACCAAGCAACUUGUCUAGCUCUGACAGUCUAGAUGUCACCAGAACGUACUCUCAAAGAGUAAGUCGCUAUGACCUGGAUGAAAUUGAUGCGUGCUGGCUGGAACUUUUCAACAUGGAGCUCAAAGAAAUGGAAAAGCCAGAAAUGGAUGAAUUCACCUUGGAAAGAGUGCUGGAGGAGCUGGAGACCCUAUGCUAUGAGAAUAUGAACAUUGCCAUUGAGACCGAGGAAGGUCUUGGCAUUGAGUACGAUGAGGAUGUUGUGUGUGACGUGUGCCGCUCGCCAGAAGGAGAAGAUGGCAACGAGAUGGUUUUCUGUGACAAAUGCAAUGUCUGUGUGCAUCAGGCUUGCUAUGGAAUCUUGAAGGUCCCCACUGGAAACUGGCUGUGCCGAACCUGUGCUCUGGGAGUCCAGUCGAAGUGUUUACUCUGCCCAAAGAGAGGAGGAGCUCUCAAACCCACUCGGAGUGGGACAAAAUGGGUCCAUGUUAGCUGUGCCUUAUGGAUACCUGAAGUUAGCAUUGGAUGCCCUGAGAAAAUGGAACCCAUUACAAAGAUUUCACAUAUUCCAGCAAGCAGAUGGGCUUUGUCAUGCAGUCUGUGCAAGGAGUGCACUGGAACAUGUAUUCAGUGCUCCAUGCCUUCCUGCAUCACAGCAUUCCAUGUCACAUGCGCCUUUGAACACAAUCUGGACAUGCGGACGCUAUUAGCAGAGAACGAUGAAGUGAAAUUCAAGUCAUUCUGCCUUGAGCACAGCAGCGGGGCCACUAAGCCGCCUGAUGAAGCACGGGUGGAUGCAGAUCAAGGCAAGCUAGACAUGGAGAAGGUGACCUUGAGGAAGCAGAAGCUUCAACAGUUGGAGGAAGACUUCUAUGAACUUGUAAAACCCUCUGAGGUGGCUGAGAACCUUGAUAUGACGGAAUGGCUAGUUGAUUUCGUCUACCAGUACUGGAAGAUGAAGAGGAAAGCCAAUCACAACAAGCCUCUAAUGACACCCAAAACAGAUGAGGUAGACAACUUGGCUCAGCAAGAGCAGGAUGUGCUGUACCGACGCUUGAAGCUCUUCACACACCUCAGGCAGGAUCUUGAAAGGGUUAGAAAUCUUUGUUACAUGGUCACACGGCGAGAGAAAAUGAAACACUCCAUCUGCAAACUCCAGGAACAGAUCUUCCAUCUCCAGAUGAAACUUAUUGAGAAGGACCUUUACCCAGAACAAACUGGGAAGAGAACAAUGGGAAGGAGAAAUGACCCCAAGAGAAAAGGGAGGGAUGACAGGAAGAACAGCCCUGAGAAGAAAGAGAAGAGGAAAUCAGGGAAUGAGCUUGUGCUGGGACAGCUAGGCUUGUCGACUUCCUUUCCUAUUGAUGGGACCUUCUUCAACAGCUGGCUGGCUCAGUCUGUACAGAUCACCACAGAGAACAUGGCAAUGAGUGAGUGGUCCUUGAACAAUGGCCAUCAUGAAAAUGCCACCUCAGGCCUUUCUGAGGAACUCCUACAAGAUGAAGAGACUUUGUUGAGUUUUAUGAUGGAUCAUUCCUUGAAGUCCCCACUGAAGCAGAGUGACACAGCUAAGAAAGCAAAGAGCAAAGUACGAACACACACCAAGAAAAAACCUGCAAGAAAUGGCUUGAAUACCAUCUUUAAGAGACACCAAGAAGAUUCUCAUCAAUGGACUAACACAGAUAAUGUGUCCAAUCACACCACAAAAUCUUUAUCCCAUGAUUUAAGAAACAGCAAGGUAGAGAAAGGUUUGGACAAACUUCAGCCAGAGUGCAGAAUGGUGUGUGAAGUGAAAAAGACAGCUAAGAAGGGCUCUUAUCAUCCUGCACCUCCUCUUCCAAAAGCAAAUGAUUCUCAAGCCUCCCAAAGCCUGAUUAAUAACCUAAGCAAUGAUGAAGAGGAAUCGGUGAAAUACACACCAUCCUAUCCCAGCUCCCUGGUUAAAGUGCCUGAUGCAGUAGGUAGCCCGAAAACAGUGGUGCGGUUCAGAUUACCCAAAGAGGGCAGAGGGACUCGGAGAUCGCAGAAUGAGAAGCUUGAGGUGGUUAAUGGACCUCCCGGAAGUGACAGAUCAAAGGUUAUCUUACAUCCUUUUGACAAUGAGACUGAUGGUUACUUCUCAGAUGCAGAAAUGAGUGACUCUGACACAGAAUCUGGUAGUGGCAGAGGGCACCGUAGCCAGUUAGAUUCAGGAAAUGAGGAUAAUUUCAGAAUGAGUAUUUUGGCAUCCUAAUACACCAGACAGACCAAUUGUGAUAGCUUUGUGACACGUAAAUCUAGUUACAACUGCCAUGUCCAGUUUCCGCCUGGUAUCAUGUCAAAGGGGUUUAGUUUGUCCAUUUGUUUAUUUUGUUUUUAAUUUGUAUAUAUAGUUGAAACAUGAGCGCUGUUGUUUUUCCUCUUCUCUAUAUGACUGAGAAACAGCUCCGAGCUUCACUGACCUAGAUUUGCAUAUUGCAACAGUAGUUAGCCCUUCUUAGUCAAACUUUACAUAUGCUGGUUAAACAAAAUGCAAGCAUGUGCAUCAUUAGAGACUUAGGCUUAUUGAUCGUGAGCAGGACAUCUUAGAAUUAUAAUGAGGAGGCCUGAAAUUGCCAGUAUCUGUUGUUCAUGUAGGGAUGACAGUUUAAUGGGCAUUAUUUAAAUCGAGAUAAUAGAUUUCAUGGUCUGCCUGGUGUUACUGCCCCUGUUUGGCAAGGUGUACAGAAUGGAAAUACUACUACAGUAGCCAAGUAUGUACACAGAAUUUAAUAGAUUAUAUAUAUAUAUAUCUGUGUGUGUGUGUGUGUUGAUAUGCUUGUGGGUGUGCAUACAUGAGUAUGUGCACACAUGUGCAGGGGUUGUGUGUGUGUGCAACUAUGAAGUAAAAUAAGCGAUUAUUUUUUGAAGAAGCACAACAAGCUUAUUUGAAGAAAGCACUUAAUGGGUGGAGGAAUACAACAGUGUAUUUAUGCUCUAUUGGAUCCUUGGUUUUCCUUUCUCGCCUCUCCAGCUCCAUCUGAGUCCGUCCAAGGGGCUGAGAACCAUAGUUUAGCCUCGUCUCCCCAGCUGUCAGCCGAGCAGCAUUGUAAGCAUUCAUCUAAGGCUCUCCAUAAUUGAAGAAUUACAUAUCUGUACUAAAGCUGCUCUGUAGGUAUGUCUCAUUCAGCAACUGUGGGUAUUAUUAUUCAUUGGUGAAACUUAAAAGCGCUGGUUAUCAGAAGCAAUUCCCAUAAUUUCCUCAGGUCGAUUAAAGUAGCCUUUUGCCAAAACAUUUGGGCCAAAAUAGACAUUAGGGAAGGAAUAAUUCCAUAGAUCAAAGCAGGUAAUUGUUCCAAAUUUUUGUAAAGUAAUAAUAAUAAUCCUACAGCUUCAGUUCCCAAUGUUGCAAAGGAACUCAAGCCUAUGCUUUCAGGGUGAAUAGGCAAAUUAUGGCUCACCUGUUCAGAGAGCUAAACACGUAAGCUUCUGUUGUACAGAAGGGGUUGUUUGCUUAUAAACACAACAUACACCUGUCUGUUUUAUUUGUUUUUUCCCUCUAAACUCUGUAACUAACUUGGUGGCACCCCCUCUUUCCAUCCUUCCGUUUCAUAAACUGCAAGUCUGUUACCAAGCUGUCACCUCACCCAAGAUGGUGAUUCCCAGAAAUUGUCACUCUAAACAACGGUGUGCAUAAAUCGUCUCUGAUAAGCCUUAAAUGUUCUUCAUAUUACCUAUAUAUGUCACGCAGAUUUCUGUAUUUGCACUUAAUUACACCAUUACUCCCAAUGUUGGCUUUGAAGUUCACAGUUAAACGUUUGCUACAUGCUUUAUGAGAGUGACCCCAGUGUGAGCUCAGGGAAUAAACACAAAAAGAAAAGUGACUUUACUAAAACUUUUUGUUGUUGGUAUGUUACUUUAAAUAUAUAUGUGCAUAUCAAUGUACUGGGACACUUCUGUUUGUUAACCCCUUUUUUUUUCAAACUGGGGGAGACUUAAGACCUUGCAGUUGUUCAGAUGAAUCAGUGAAAUUGUUUUAUGGAUGCCAAAGAAUAUUUUGAGAAUAAAAUAGCACAGCCAGAAACCGGAAACUCGUUAUUUGAAAACAAAACCGAAAGAAUGAAAACUGUUCAGCUACAAAAUGACUAACUCUGUGUUCAUGACACAGCUGAGGCAUUAGGUUGCAAGCUUGCUGAAGAUGAUGCUUUAUCAUUUGGAUCACCUCCCACCAUUUUGAUUUCUGAUGCUCUUUGCUCAUUUCAGCCCGAGCAAUGUUGGUUUUAUGUUAUCUGAUGAUGCCAUACAUUGGCUAUCCUUGGGUUCUACUUUCAUUUUUAUUUUAUUUUUAAGGAGUCAGUUCAUUCUCAAGCCUUCCAAAGUACUUAACACUCCAGCUAAGUUACAAUUUGGAGAAUCUUGAUUCUGAAAAGAAACCAAAAUCAGGAGCUAAACAAACACCAGUGUUUUGCCGAUUUGAAAAGUUUUGUUCACAAAAUGAUUUUUUAAAAAGUAUUAACUGAACGUAAUCAAUUUGACAUUCUUCUGGCCCACAAGGUUUGGCAAGUAAAUUCUGCUCCUUAUUCAAGGCUUGAUGUGUUCAGAUAUGUUAAAUACAGUAAAUAGGACUUAGUUUUAUCUUAUCAAGCUUGCUAAGCUUUAGCUACAAUAUCCUAGUUACGUCAUACAGGUAAUCAAUAUGCUGCCUUUUAAUGGAUCUUGCUUCCGUGUGCUUCAGUUUACCUAUAGCUAUUUACAAAACACAGGGAAAAAUCCAGAAAUCUCACUGUACACAGCUUCAUUCAUCAGCUACUGCAUUAUUUGCCUACUCACGCAGUUCAGGACAGAAAAACGGGAAACUUUAAAGAACAACCAAACUAAAGCAGCACCUACCUCCUUUAUUUAAAUAGUUUGUAAUCUGUAAAACACUCCAUUCCUAGUUUGAACAAGAAAUAAUUAUGAACCAAAAAUGCAUUUUGACGACAGAAAGAAGAAAUACUCUGCCUUGCUCUAGUGUAUGCAGUGAAUUAACAGAUUUCUAUGUGCAAAGUCUCAUAAAAUGCUCUGUUCUCUAUGGGAUGAAAUUAUGAUUUUGAGUGUUUCUUAAGGUUGAAGAGACUGAAUAGCCUCUGCUCACAAGAAAAUUGACAGGGCCCAAUGAAGUUCUGGAUCAUGGCUUUUCUAAUUGUUAUAUCAAAAUUUGUAGUUACCGUGAUUGUACAAUCAGAAUAAAAAGAUGGGGGGAGUGUAUUUGGCUUAGUAGCAUAGAGAAUGCGACAGAGAAAAAGGAGAAAAGUACAGUACUUAAUUUUAAUUACAUGGAGAUAAGAGUUUGAAUUAACUAAUGAGACCUAACAGAAUAAACCUAGGAUGUAUCUGGUGAGAUCCCCUUCUGGUUACAGGAGUAGCUUGGAUCCAGAGGCAUACUUUCCACAAACUGAAGGGGAAAAUAUUUUUCACUGAUUCUACCUGCAGUUGCCCAUGUUCCAUGCUGCAGAUUACUGGCAGUUGCAGUAGGAAGGGGAAGCAAAACCUAUUCCCCCCCCUCCUUUGUCAAAACUUCGCCUGGAUUCAGUCCUAUGUCAGAAAACAGUUCUGCCCUAUUUGACCAGGACAGAUAAGUAUUUUACUUCUUUACUCUGGUGAAAAUACUGACAUAUUUGCAUAAUAGCUGAGGAGUAUCUUUGCCUGGACCUAUAAAUAUGCUUUUGAGUGUCCCCCAGCAGUGUUCACAAUUUAACAGUAGACCUUCCAUUGGAGAUCAUUAGGUAUACUGGAGCCAGAGUUCUGGAGGAAUUCAUAUAAACUUCACUUGUGUCAUGUCAUACAGUAGUUGGAAAGAAGUAACUGUUCAGAAGUGCCCCAGAUGUUUACUGCAAGCUGUCCCCAUCAGCUGAGGGCAGGUAUAUCUAGCUAGCUGCACUAGGAUGUUGCUCAUAGGAAAAGGCAUUACUACCUACAAGGAAAUGUUUCUUUGGCUCAGAUCUAGCUCUGACAUUUUAAAUAAUUUCCCAAAAAAAGGGGUUUCCAGUCAUGUCACUAAGAACUUGGACGUUUUGUUUAUGCUCACUUGACAGCUAGUUACGUCAUACAGGUUAUCAUACAGGUAUGAAUUGAAUUUCUUUUGAGAAGAAAAUACUUUCUUCCCCCCCCCCCCAUAUUCAAUGGCA